AUGGGUGGCCCGUACGUGCCCUCCGGCCACUCGCCGCCCUUUGAGGUAGUCGAUGAAUUGCAUCAUGGCGCAUGGUUGAUUAUCACCGCGGCGCUUGGACUGGUGAUUUCUCUCGUUUGUUUUUUGAUUCGGCUUUAUGUGAGGCUUAUGCUUAUUCCGCCAUUUGCGCGGGAUGAUUGGGUGUUGUUGGGUGCUACUGCUCUCGCAGUGGUGCAAUCAAGUCUGGUAUUCUAUGCUUGUUCGCGUGGAUUCGGGACAUCGAUUACUCUAUUAAUCGAUGGUCGACUCAAUCAGAUCCAGGCAUUAAUUGCAACAAGCGAUGUCUUCGCUCUGAUCAUUAUCUACCUUUCCAAAUGCUGCGUCGUGGCCAUCUACCUCCGCCUCACGCCACAGAAGCCUCACAAUCGAGCAUCGUGGGCGACAUUAGCUCUAUGCACUGCAUGGGUCAUACCGGCUAUAUUCAUAGUGCUGAUCAACUGUGAAUUGAAUACACCUUGGCGAGGCGACGGUGGUCAAUGCAAGAAUCUGUUCAGAAGAUGGCAAUUCAUCGCCACAGUCGACGUAAUAACGGAACUACUCCUCUUCAUACUAGCAAUAGUCCUCCUAAAAGGCCUAUUCAUGUCCGUCCGACGCAAACUAGGAAUCGGCUUCGCUUUUAUAUUCCGCUUUCCCCUUAUAAUAUUCUCCCUAAUCCACAUCUUCUCCCUCAACGACGCCCUCAAAAAUAAAGACACAACCCUCGCCUCUAUCAGACCUGCUGUCUGGAUGCAGGUCGAACUACACUACGCCCUAGUCGCAUGCAGCGUCUUCUGUCUCAGACCGUUCAUGGCAGCCGUUAGCACGAAUUACGGUACGGCGGGUGACUCGACGUUGGAGAGUAGUGCGUCGAGAUCAAGAGGAACGAAAGGGAGUUCUAAAGAUGGGUCUGGAUCUGGGACUGGGUCUGGUUCGAACUCGGCGUCAGCUACCAGGUCCAGAUCGCAUUCACGAGUUCAGCGCAAAAGAGCCGGGACUGCGUCGCGGUUUAUGCCGCAUCUGGGCGUGGAUUUGAAUCUGAAGACGAGUGGUUCUGGCCUUGGUUCUGGUUCUGGUUCUGGUUCUGGUUUGGGUAUUCCCUCUUCGUCGAAGGAUGUCCUCUGUCGCGAUGGGAAUCCACAUGCACAUGCACAUGGAUCGCCCAGAAAGAAACACCCCGUUAUGAGUGGCGGAUGUCCGAAACCAGGCUCUGCAACUGAUACUUCACGCACACCAAUCCGUCGAUCUAUGUUCCCCCUCAGUGCACCUCUUAACCAGAGUAUCCCCAAGCCGGAGAAGGGGAAGAGGCAUAACACGAGAAGUGGAGAGGGGAAUGUCUUUCCAACGGACUCAGAUUUGAUUGAGCUUGUGCCGAGACCGCAUGUUCGGCAUGAGGGUCGUGGGGAUGACCGAAGCGAUGGCGAAGAUCCGGAUAGGAUGGUUAUUCAUAAGGAGGUUCGGUAUUCAAUUCAAUAUGAAGAUGAUGAGGAGGUCGAGGCGAGGCAAUGA